AUGGAUGGGAUUCGACGUCGAAAAGUUGCUUCCAGGCCACCGAAAGAUAGUUGGGAAGAGCAACUCUACUUGUCUGUAGGCAAAGAGUUAUGGGAGAAACUGACCGAUUCCAAUAACAAGUGCAUAUAUCUCUACCAAAACGUUGCCCGGUGGAACGACUCUGCGGCCAAAGAGGCCUUCGAAAAUGCAAAAACCCGGUUCUUGGCAAAGAUCAAGGAGGUUCCCUGCAACGUGCAGUCGCCAGAUCCCGACGCUUAUAUUGAUGAAAUAGAUUGGAGCGACUCCGGCAACCCGGAACUGGUUUUGGACGAGGCAGAAAGUAAUGAAUGGAGAAGUGAAGGUGAGUUUAUUCUUGAGGGUUUUGAGGUUCUUGAUCCUUCGUUUUGUGUAGGAUGGGGGCCGGAGACGUGGUACGAGGCAAAGAAGGAAGAGGAGGUGAAGAAAGAUACUGACGAAGAAAAGGCUUGGGAAGCUUAUUGGGAGGUAGACCUAGCGGCGGCGGUACGUAGGAGGAGGACGAGGCAACAGUGGUGGAAAGAAGUGGUAUAA